CUAUGUCCCUUCCCUCCGGUUUAAAGAUAAAUGCAAGGCUGUGAGUAAGGAGGUGAAGGAUCUCAUUGACGAUUCAUGGUUCUUGCAAAACUACUGCCGCAAAACCAACAACGUCUUCGGCUACUUCCUUCAAACGUUCAAAGACCAUCGCUACGUGUCCACUUUCGUGUCCGUUGACCCGUCCAAAAAUCCGAAUAUUUCUCUCGAGUCCUUGAACGACGACCUACGCAUCUUGGCGUCAUCUAAUCUUGGACUUUUGUGCUGUCGAAGGUACGACCGUGAUGUCAGGUCGUACCUUUAUUACGUUUGCAAGCCUUGUACUAGGCAGACGGUGUUGCUGCCUAGUCCGACCAAGAAGCUGGGACAACAUAUUGAGCAAGUUGCUUUGAUCGUCCUUAAAUCAAAUCCAUUGCAUUACAAAGUCAUCAGAUUCUCACCUGAUCGUCAUUCGCCGCCGGAAUGCAAUAGCUACGCAUGUGAGAUAUUUGAUUCUAAAAUUUGGGCGUGGAGGACGGUAGAUAACUUCGUGACAGAAUUCUGCACAAUAUUCGGAAACCAACAAUCCAUCUGCAUCGGUGACGUGGCAUAUUGGCUAUCCAACAAAGACACCAUUUUGGCAUUUGACUCAGCCACCGAAACUCACUCGGAAUUUCAACUGCCAAAAACAAUAACACAAAUUGACGUCGGAGGCGGCAGCGGCGGCUACAUCAUCGGAAAGCAAAUUGUGGAGUACAAAGGAAAGCUCGGGCUUACGUGUCGGUGCAUCUUCAGGUCACCGUCUUCAUGUAAUCUGUUGUUGCUGUGGGUGCUAGAGGACAGGAAGCGGUGGGAGUGGGGGUUAGAGCGUGUGGUGAGGAUCGACGAGAAGGAGAGAAAGUUGAUGGGGUGCGGCCUUGCGGAUGUGGCGCUUAUGGUUGGAUAUGAGACUCAAGUAUAUGAACAAGGUGGUUUCUUUUAUUAUAGUCCUCCUCUCCACGUCUUUCCUUUCCGGUCCGAUUUUGAGCCCGUAAAUCUUGAGGAUGGAUGCAUGCUUAGUUGCUUAGAUGAUAUUAUCCAGUUUUGAUCUUUUGUGUAUGAUGACAAUGCAAGCUAAGCUCUGAUUGUAAUACUUGUGGUGAUGCAUAUAUUUUUGUUAAGUUCAUAAUCG